AUCUUGAACUUAAUCUAUGCUGAUCUGGGUGCUGAUUGCUGGUGGAGAGGUGCUUAGGUUUUUUUGUUCUUUUUUGGCUAGUUGAUUGUCCCUUUUGCAUAGAUAUUGUUAAUGACUGUGUGUUUAUUGAUGGCUAAUUUGUCAGAGUGGCUGGCUUCUGGAAAUUCCCUGGAGUGUUUGGAUAUCUUUGGAAUACAGAAUACUUGAAUUUGUAAACCUGAAUAGACAGCAGAAUGCAAAGAUCUUAUGACCAAAGAUUAACCUUUCCAAAGCAUUAAUUUAUGCUCAAAACCAAUAUUUGAUAUCUUCAGAAGAAUUGGCCUUUUAAAAUAAAUGUAUAGCGAAAAUAGAGAUAUGCUUACUAAAUAUUUUUUUCAUGUUGGUUCAGUAACAUUCUUGUCAAGAAUUAAACUGUCUAUGAUAGUGGAGGGAUUUUGAACUUUAACUGUUAGGGAGCUUCCGCCUUCUGAAUUGUUAUUUCUGUUAUUCCCCCCUUCCCCCCAAUAUUUUUACCAAGAUGGAUCUCAGGGGAAGGUAUCACAUUAUUUAUAUAAAGGAGGAACAUGAAUACAUUGUUUUUGUCAUGUGCUAUGGAAUAUUUUGAGUCCAUAAUCAUGCCUUAUCGUUUGGUAAACGCUUCUUCAAACUUUAUUUGAUUUUAAAGAUGAGGGUUUUUUGUAACAGUUUGGAGCCUAAUUUUAUUAUCUAUUUAGAUUCAACUUCCCAUUAUGAAUAUGUCCAGACUGUGUUUCAACAGCUUUGCCAACACAACUUAAGCUUUAGUUGAGAAAUGAGCUUUAGCUCUAUCCUUUUUUGGAUCCUGCAGCUUUCUGAGGGCUUCUAAGAAGGGCCUGCCAGAGAGUUUUCACUUGUGCUGGCAAAGCUUUGGGUAAUUUUUAACUUUUAUCAGCACAGCUUGCAGAAGAAUGUUAAGGACUCUGAGAAGCGAGUCCUUUUCAAGAGUAAUUCUGAUAAGUCUUUCUGUUAUUAAAACAAGCUUUUGCCUCCCAGCUCAUCUUUGCCAUACAAAUCCUCUUGGAUGCCUUUGUUGUGAAAGUGAUUCUUGUCCAGGCAGUUGAGGGCUUCUUUUGGCUUUGUUCCAUUUAUACAACCAUUCCCUGGAUCAGCUCAAAUUAACUCAAUUAUUUUUGUUGAAUUUUGCUAAUAAAUGAUUUGCUGCCCUUGUUGCCUAAUUCUUUUACUUCAUAACAUGAUUGUUUACUGCUUUGUUUUUCACUUUGAUAUUGGUAGACACCAUUAUUUGUUCCAUCUCCCGCUGUUGCAAGUCUGUUUUCAUAUCUAAUUUGAAGUGAUAGUUGGCUUGAGGAAUUUAAAUGUUGUGGGGAAAAGUUUUCAAACAUACUCUUAAAUCUAGAAUCUAAGACCUUGUAGCUUACCCCUCAGAAAGAGAGGAAGGUUAUAGUGAAUCAGUUACACUUCAGUUGUGAAAUACUUUCCCUCAGAUACUUUCUUCAUAUCUUUCUUUUGCCUUUUUGGUAAUUAUAUAUAUAGAAGUUUUUAUAUGUUUUCAUCAUAAUUCAUUUCUCUUUUUAAUAUUUACUUAUAUACUGCUGUGGAAAGUGCACCUCAAAGGACGGUGCCAGGAACCACUAUAGCAGUGCCAAAAGUCUUAAGCCAGCCCUUUCCCUUUAAGAAAACCAAGAAACACCAACUGAAAGGAAAACUCAGAGCAGCCUGCAAACAGCUGUUUCCAAAGUAACAAAGCUGACCACAGAAACACUUAAGUAGAGCCAUUAAGAUAAGGGGAAUCAGGCUAAAAAUAAACUCUUCAAGGUAAACAGAAACUCUUGACAGGAUUAAACACCUAAGGACAGGAAAAAAAUAAGAGAUCUGGGACCAAGAUUAACCCAGUAAAACAGAAGACAAACCCAGACCAAUCAGAAACACAUCAAACCCAUCAAGCUGCAGGAGCUUCAAAGGGGAAUUAAAAGCAUAAAAGGCUCAGAUUCACACUCCCAAGGUGCUUGCUUGCCAGGAAAGCUUGAGCUGUGUCACAUCUGCUUCUUGCUUUCCUACAUUAAAAGAAUUCCACUUUCUGGCAGCUGGCUUCUGAAUCCAUUUCUUUUCAGCAUCUGUGGUUUUUCCCAGCUGGGGAAUGAAUCCAGGGAUUUUCUUCCAAUAAUGCUUAGAGCAAUUUAAUAAUUCCAUUGUUUAGGAUUGAUUUGUACAUCCUUAAGUGUUGAGCAGUCUGAUAUUCUUGUCAAUAUUGGAUAUUAUAUUGACUUUUUUCUUCUUUAUCAACAAUUGUUAGAUAUUUUGAGAUAUUGGAACACUGGUUUUCCAUUGUAAUUGUAUAUAAAUCCUUCAAGAUGCCAGCAGCACUUGCUGAAAAUAGUCAAGUGAUCUGUGAAGUAUGGGCAAACAAUCUAGAAGAAGAGAUGAGAAAAAUUCGGGAAAUUGUUCUCAGCUAUAGCUACAUUGCAAUGGACACAGAGUUUCCUGGGGUUGUUGUUCGACCAAUUGGUGAAUUUCGCAGUUCUAUAGAUUAUCAAUAUCAACUGCUGCGAUGUAAUGUUGACCUGCUUAAAAUUAUCCAGUUAGGCCUGACCUUCACAAAUGAAAAAGGGGAAUAUCCUGUAGGAAUCAACACCUGGCAGUUUAAUUUCAAGUUCAAUCUUACGGAAGAUAUGUAUUCUCAGGAUUCGAUAGACCUCCUUGCAAGCUCGGGAUUACAAUUUCAGAAACAUGAGGAGGAAGGGAUCGAUACUUUACAUUUUGCGGAACUUCUAAUGACCUCUGGUGUGGUGCUCAGUGACAAUGUCAAAUGGCUUUCAUUUCAUAGUGGCUAUGACUUUGGUUAUAUGGUGAAACUGCUGACAGAUUCUAGGCUUCCAGAAGAAGAACAUGAGUUCUUUCAUAUCCUGAAUCUUUUCUUUCCAUCUAUAUAUGAUGUUAAGUAUUUAAUGAAGAGCUGCAAAAACCUGAAGGGAGGGCUUCAGGAAGUUGCUGACCAGCUAGAUUUGCAGCGCAUUGGCCGGCAGCACCAAGCAGGGUCAGAUUCUUUACUUACAGGGAUGGCAUUCUUCAGAAUGAAAGAGUUGUUCUUUGAGGAUACAAUUGAUGAUGCAAAGUAUUGUGGAAGACUAUAUGGCCUUGGCACAGGAGUAGCUCAGAAACAGACUGAAGAUGUCGAAACAGCCCAAGAGAAAAUGAGUAUUUUGGCUAUUAUCAACAAUAUGCCCCAGUGACAGAUUGAUACUUUAGGAUAUUAACAUGGGUCCACAGAGGUAAACUUCCUUCUUGAAACUGUUUCACAUCUUCCAAGAUAUGGCGAAAGCACGAGCGUUUUUUUAAAGAGGGGAAAAGCAUCUUUACUUUGAAUCUUGGUAGAUUCCAAUUAAGUGAUUUCACAAUGGCUGGAGUUUGUCUUCUAUGUAAAAAAAAAAAUCAGACUCGAGCUACAUACUAUGUAUAUGACUCCUUUUUAUUUUAAACUUUACUGAAUUUGCAAGUAGUUUUCUCAGAAUUUUCAGCAGAGCUGAAGUUCUUUCAUGCACUUGCAGAUUUAGUUUUGACUGCUUAUUUUUAAAUUUCUUUUGCUCUCUGUGAGGGUGAUGCGUUUCUAAGCCCUCUGCUAGUUUUUAUCUUUUGUGUCAGUCUGUGAAAGUGAUCCAUUCAGCCCUGGUGGUGAAGACUGCAUGAACAUAAUGUAACUAUAUGCUAGAAGUCACCAUAAUGGUGGUCCUGGAUGGUAUUAUCACUAGUUCUUCCUUCCUUUAGCUUGCUGAGCCAUGAUAUCAUAUUGGCAAUUUUCAUCUUAAUAAUUUUAGAAUAGAAUAAAACUGUCAGCAUGCUUGAGACUGCAGUAAUAAUUGGGACCAAAAAUAGUUUCAUGUUGAGUGAAAUACUUUAACCCUUUUGUGAAUAGGACAGUAAUUGGGUAAAAUCACAACUAUCUAGUAAUAAUGGGCUAUUAAAACUUUUAGAUUACCAUUUUAUACUGCUUUGAAGAGGAACCCUGGAUUGUUCAAUAGAUGUAGGCUAAAAGUUCAUUUAAUAGUUUUGCAAGUGUCAUCAUCCUGAAAACAAAAAUCCUGUUUGGGGGCAGAGGGGAUCUUGACAAGUGUGAAAUUUUAAUAAACUCCCCAUUAUGUAAAGUAUUACAAGCUGUUGUUAAAUGCAUCUGUGUAUAUAAUUGGUUCUUAAUUUUGUAAAAUAAAGACUUUUCUUAAGGCA